CCCAGCCCCGGGGAGGCCUCCGGCCGCGGGGCGGGCGCCGCUUUCCGCGGGGUCCGGGCGCGGAGGCGGCCCGGGGAGGAGCUGGGCCGCACGGGAAGUGACGGGAGGCGCUGACGGAAAACUGGCGCUUGCAGCCCCGAAAGGGCAGGUGGCGGAGGGAGCCGUGGUGCCCGGCCCCGGCCGGGGGAGCGCAGCAGCGGGCGGCCGCCAGAUGAUAAGCUGCUCUUUUUGCAUGACUAUGGUAUUCAAGAGAUCUGAGCUGUGUCAGGAAACUCAUUGCUGAAGUACACUUGAAAAACUACAGAUCCAUUUGCUGUUAUUAAGCCAAGGAAUAAAUGGGACAUGUGAACUGUGUAAUUGCUUCCCAGCUGUACUGUGAAGCAGCACCCUCCGUAGACAUGAGGCACACCUCCUAUCUCCGAGCACCCAUCAGCAUGAACGCAAACAGGCGACACGUAAGCUUGGCGGCUGUGCGCUGAGCAGGUGGUGCUGCAAAAGUGCUCCUACUAGCAGUAGUGCCUCCAAUUAGCCCUAACUACUCCUUUAGCAGUUUGGGGUGUCUCCUGAAUCCUCACUAUGUCUGAUGGGGACUAUGAUUACCUCAUCAAAUUUCUAGCGCUUGGUGAUUCUGGCGUAGGAAAGACCAGCCUUCUUUACCAGUACACAGAUGGCAAAUUUAAUUCCAAAUUUAUCACAACGGUGGGCAUUGACUUUCGGGAAAAGAGAGUGGUCUAUAGACCCAAUGGGCCAGAUGGCGUUAGUGGCAGAGGGCAGAGGAUACAUCUUCAGCUCUGGGAUACUGCAGGGCAGGAAAGGUUUCGUAGCCUGACAACAGCUUUCUUCAGAGAUGCAAUGGGGUUUCUUCUACUCUUUGAUCUGACAAAUGAGCAAAGCUUCCUCAACGUCAGAAACUGGAUAAGUCAGCUACAAAUGCAUGCAUAUUGUGAAAACCCUGACAUUGUAUUAUGUGGAAACAAGAGCGAUCUGGAAGACCAAAGAAUGGUGAAAGAAGAAGAGGCAAAGGAACUUGCAGAAAAAUAUGGAAUACCAUAUUUUGAAACCAGUGCAGCUAAUGGGAGUAACGUAAGCAAAGCCAUCGAUACUCUGCUCGACCUCAUCAUGAAGCGCAUGGAACGGUGUGUGGAUAAAUCCUGGAUCCCAGAAGGGGUAGUGCGCUCCAAUGGGCACAGCUCUACAGAACAGCUGAACGAGGAGCAAGAAAAAGGCAAAUGUGGCUGUUAACUCAGUUACAACAAUUGAAUUUAAUAUGUAUGCUAAGGUAUAGUACAGUUGCAGCUUAACUGUUUAACCUGUGGACCAAUAGCAUCAUAUAGUUAUAUUAUGAAGCUGUAUUAAUUCUUGGUGUUUCCUUUUGAAUAACAUUGGACAUUGCUUGGAAGGUAUGCAGUUUAUUAGUGGAUAAGACAGAGGUUUAUCAGUUUGGUGUAACACUGGAUACUCCCUGAAAUCUCUUCUUUGGAGGGAAGAGAAGGAGGGAAGUUUUCAUCACCAAACUUAGAAAAAUUUCUCUCUAUGGGCAAUAGUAAAGGGUAGGCAUCUGAAUUGGAUUCUCAGUUGCCAUUUGAAGGCUCCACUGAAUACACAGACUAAGCAUUUAGAUUAGAUACUGUGACUGCUCCUCUAAGUCUCUACUAACAGUAAGUUUACCAACAGGGCUCUUGAUUUUUGAACAGAACAGUUCUUGAUUCUAUUUGAACAGAAACGUUUCAUCAUUUUGUCAAUAAGUAACAAUGGUAAAUAGCAAAUCCUGCAUUUUCCACAGAAGCAUGCAAAUAGUUUUUUUUUGUUCUUGCAAACCAUCAGCUUCUAGUGGUGAAAGCUAAAAGAGAACUAUUCUGUAUGGAAUAAAAAACUGUCUAGAGAAGCACAGCGGGUGCACAUUUAAAGCAAUUUGGGUAUGUCAUGAAAUUGAACAUUUAAACUACAACUGUACUAUAUAAAAUAUAUCCAACAUGUGUAUGAGACCUCCUGGCAUCAUCUGAAUUUCUAGAAUAUGCAUAUGCAUAUAUUUAUAUGUAAAUGGCAUAAGUGUACAUCUGUUGUUAUGUUUCUUUUAUAUUACCACUCAUGUUCUAACAGGAAUGUAGGGCAACCUAGAUGUCAGCAAAAUUUCGUCAGAGCUAGUGCUUUGUGCUGAAUUUGUUUUACCAAACACAAAUUUGGAAUGUUUCUUCAAGUUUGGAUUGAGAAUUGAAUCAUGAUUGUCUUCUGUGAGACGUAGCUGUCUAAGAUACCAGUUCUGUCUAAAUCAGUAUUUCUAUAAAUUCAUAGUGCUCAUUUUCUUGGUUAUCAUAUAUGACUUGUUCUUUUCCUUUAGGUUGUGUUUAAUAGAGUUGCUUCCCCCCCCCCCUUUUUUUUCUUUUAGAUCACAUGAAUGUCUAUUUCGGUUUCAGUGGAUGGUGUUACUCCUUGAUCGUUUUUAUUUAUUCUUAUGACAGCAUAAGGAACAAUCAGUAUUUUUUUUUUCCAGACUGAUUUGAGAUGUGCCUACCAAACUGUUUUCUACCCUGGCAGAGUCUAAAGUAUUGCCAAUUAAAAUCAUAACAUGCCAAACUGAGUCUUUUUACAGACUUUCCAUAACUGUUUGUUUACAAAACUCCAAAGCUAUUACUUCUUUAGAAAUUAUGUAUUUAUUUAUUUAAAUAUUCUGUCUGGCUGGCUACUGCAAGUUCAGGCAAACAUUGACAUCAGUUGUCAACAUGAAUUGCAACAUAACAAAUUUUUUUGAAGGACCAAAAAUGUUUACUAGAAUAGGAGUUAAUUAUGAAAUUGUAUCUUUGAUGUAGCCUCUGGUUAUAUUAGAAAUACAAAAAUAAGUGUUAAAACUUGGUUCUUAAAAUAUUUUAAAAGUAAUGUAUUUUUCUUUAACAAACACAACAUGUAAAUAUUAGAUUUUUAUCAGAACAUACACAGAAUAUUUGAAAGUGCAAUAUAAUUUGACUGCUAAGAUAGAGGUUAAAACAAUUUAUAUUGAAUAAAUAUAGUUUUUCUACUAUACAAUACCAAGAAUCUAAAAUGCCUGUGGACCGGAAUUACUGUAGUUUAACUCAGAGUGCCUUUUGAAGUUACCAUCAUGUUUCUGACCAGUGGAGUAUUAAACUCUACUGUGGGACACAACACAUUUCAAUGUACUUCAGUGUCUGAAUUUCUUUUAAACUAACUCUUUGCUUUUCAGAGAGUUGCAAUGGAACUUUGGCAUACAGUAACUUUAACAGGAGUUCUUGUGUUUACAGCUCCAUCCAGUUCCUGAAAACAGUAAGGAUUAUUGCAGCCAACUACUGAGCUAAGUGACUACUGAAAAGGUGUAAAAAAUAUUUCCUUUUGGAUACCUACAUUUAAAUUGGAUAUUAAAUACUGAAACUGUCAUAUUUUUGUCCUGCAUAUUAUAUGUAACUAUUUACUGUAUAAAGAGAGUCUACAUAAAAUUGCUUUGAUGUAAAGCCAUAAAUCUUGUGGUACA